UGUCAUCCUUCACCUCUUCUGGCUGUGGAUGUCCUCCUCACGCACGGGAUGGACUCAGGAAGGGAAGGAGGAGAGGGUUGGAUGGAGGACCAGUGGGAGAAAUGGUUGACGCAUGAUAUUAGUCUGGAUGAGUUUGAGGAUGACGACCUGUCAGAGAUCACAGAGAUCACUGACGAGCGAGGGAGAAGUCUCAACUGCAACGGCCCAGAUAUAAGGGGCUGCAUGAGGCGAGGAACCAAUAGCAUGUCAGGGAGGGUGGAACUGGGAGCCGUUGGCCAGCUUCAGGCAGAGAUGUUGCAUUUGGAGCUUAUCGACGGUGCCGACAGUUACCACGGCGAUAAAGAGUCCUCAAAGGCAUCAUCUGUUGGCCCCUCAGCAGUCACCAAGGAGCCUGCAGCAUCUACCACCAUGGACACUUACCGGCCCAAGAGACCUACGACGCUUAAUCUCUUUCCAAUCGUGCCACGCACACAGGACACCUUAAACAACAACUCAUUUGGAAAGAAAUACAGCUGGCAAGAAAAGGUUUCAGGCUCAUCUUCACCCCUUAAAACUGGUGAUCUCACCCCUCCUCGUGAGCACCGCUGCCUGAGCGAUGAGGACAAGGUGCAGGCUGGGGCAGCGCAGACCAAAGACCGCGGAACGUCCACAGACGCCCCUUGCAGGCACCGCCACACAUCGGGACAAUCACACGGCUCAAGCAAUGGUGCUGUAACUCGGUCCAAGCUACAGGAGAAGCCACCUCAACCACCACCACCACAGAACUACACACCAGCUCCUCUAUAUCCAACGGGUAAGGCGGAUUGCUCUGGUCACCAUCGGGAGAAGGUUCGAUACCACACAGAUGUUCAUCUGGAACCCACGGAGGAGAUUUAUUUGACUCCGGUUCAGCGUUCAGCGGACCCCUUAGAACCCCCCAAUGUGCCAGACCGACCUUUUCUCUCACAACAGACUGAACAAGGACGUAUGUCCAUAAGCUCUGACACAGAGGGCCCACCUCCUUAUCAGCCUCUACCAGAUCGGACCAAUCCUUCCAUUUAUGAGGAGGACGAACUUUAUGUCCCCCCACCUUCAUAUGCUUCUUGUGUGGAGUCACUCAUCACGCCACCUAGCAUGGCUGUUUCAGCUCCUUCCUCUCAUGCUCUGGACCUCAGCUUAAAGGGAGUGCAGGCCACGCUGAGAGCUGGGUCAUCUGUAGAGUAUGUGGAUGCCACAGAUGAAAGCUUUUGUGGGGAGGAUGAGGAUGUAGACAGGAUAAUAAUGAACAGAAAGAUGACAAAGGGAGGAGGGAAGGGAAAUGAAAGUGGCAGAAAACCUAUCCCACUAAGGACUACCAUGAGCUCCGAGGCCAGCAGCUUAACAUAUGACUCAGUCAAAUACACACUAGUGGUGGAUGAGCACUCUCAGCUAGAGCUCAUCAGUCUCAGGCAGUGUUACCAAGGCUACAGCGAUGACAGCGACUCAGCUACUGUUUACGACAACUGCGUCUCUUCCCCUUAUGAGUCUGCCAUUGGGGAGGAGUAUGAAGAAGUUGAAGAUGAUGAUCAUGACGCUCAGACAGGAGGAGUUCAGAGGGAGGCUACAGCUUGUCUCUCUGAAGAUUCCACUUCAGAGGAUGACCUGCACUUCUCCAAGAAGUUCCUCAACGUCUUCAUGAAUGGCCACUCUCGAUCUUCCAGUGCUGAGUCAUUUGGCUUGUGUUCUUGUGUCAUAAAUGGAGAAGAGAAAGAUCAGACCCACAGAGCAGUCUACAGGUUUGUCCCUCGACACGAUGACGAGCUGGAGCUGGAGGUGGAUGACCCGUUGCUGGUGGAGGUCCAAGGGGACGAUUACUGGUAUGAGGGCUACAACAUGAGAACUGGAGCCCGAGGCAUUUUCCCUGCCUAUUAUGCCACAGAGGUGACCAAGGACACAGAGAGCUAUAAAAUUAAGAGCAGUGAAUGGAUGGACAGAUAUCAUCUGAAAUUUCUGGGAUCAGUGCAAGUGCCCUACCACAAAGGAAAUGAUGUCCUGUGUGCAGCUAUGCAGAAGAUUGCCACCAACAGAAGGAUGACAGUGAAGUACAACCCCCCUUCCUCCUGCGUUCUGGAGAUCAAUGUUAAAGGGAUCAAGCUUGCCGUUCAAGAGGACUACUAUACCUGUGAUAGAAGUAAUGAGUGCAGCCACUUCUUCCAGCUGAGGAAUGUCUCCUUUUGUGGCUAUCAUCCCAAAAACACCAAGUAUUUUGGUUUCAUAACAAAGCACCCAGCAGACCAGAGGUUUGCCUGCCACGUGUUUGUGUCUGAAAACUCAACCAAGCCUCUCGCAGAGUCAGUGGGGAAAGCCUUCCAGUUGUACUACAAAGAGUUUGUGGAUUUCUCGUGCCCGACAGAGGACAUUUAUCUGGAGUGACCCCGUCUCCUAUCCAACGCCUGUACAGUGCUCUGUAUCAUAACGAAAUGUUGCAUGGGAGAGAUAUAUUUCAAAAUUUAAAUUAAAAAUAAAUAACACAUCUGACUGAAUAAAUCAGGAUAUGAACGUGCAUUAAUCCUGUGGUGUACAAGAAGAGGAACUAAACACAAGCCAAAGGAUGUAUACAAAGGACAUAUGUAAAAAAAAAAGCAUUUAUGCAAACGGCAUCAGAUAUGGAGUUGGGCAUAUCAGUGCAAAGCACAAACUGUAAGUGUGAGCUGCUGGUUAUCAUGUAGCAUCAUGUCAACAUGUGCAUCACUGGAGAUAUGGACUGCUCUGAUGAGUGAAGGGAAUCAGCAGCUCCUCUUUGACCUCCGUCACUCUAAACAUUGAGGGUUCGAGCACAAAAACGCCCUGACACUAAAAUGUACAUUAGAUGACAUAAAAACAAGUGAAUCUAAUCCAUUUAUCACACCUUAUAAGAGCAUACACAUGUUUUUGACAACUAAAACCCAGUAGUAAAUCCAGCUAUAGGAAUCUGUCAGUAUUCCAGCACUGUUUUGAUAUUAGAAUGCAGUAAGAGCCAUGCAGCACAGGAAUGUGGGUGUAAGCAAAGAUGCCGUAAAUGUAAGGGCUGCUGCAUCUGGGUUCGUACAUGCAACCAGGACAAAGGAAAACCCCUCGUGAUACUUAUCCACCUGAUAAAUUAUCGCUGUUAGGUGUAGAUAAUCUGUGUCAGACAUAAAAGUUGUA